CCUUUUUUGAGUUCUUCUUUUCUCACAAAACGCUCCGUUUUGCUUAGUAAACCGAGCAUCUUCGGUUAAAAUUAAAACCAUAACCAAACCAAUCGCGGAACCUAACCAGGAAAUUGAGAAGUUUCAGCUUCUUCUCCGACGCAUUUUCAUGAGUCAUGACGACUAUUCACAACCAGCGAUUCAGCACACGGGCUCUCUAUUCUCACUAGACAGACAUAUUCAUUGAAACCCAAGCCUAGGUACUUUGAUUUAGCGUUUGUUCCUCCCAAGGUAGGUGUCGAAUUUUUCUCUCCAUUUUGAAAGUAUGUUUCUUUUCAGAGAUUUGUCAUGAGACCUUUGUUUGUCUGUAGGGUCAUAGAAACCAAUGUUUCAGCUCUUCGCCUCUCUUCUCUCACUGUCACUGGACGCCUUUAUCGAGGAAUUGACCUAAUUUCAAGUGUUACUGCAUCAAAAUUUACUUUUUUUUCCUUUUUCCUAAGGCUAAGAGUUUCGUCUCCGUACCAAGAGAAGAUGGAUCUCUUCAGCAGUCUACCAGAAGAGAUUCUCUGUCAUAUUUUGUCCUUCCUUACCACAAAAGAGGCUGCUUUGGCAUCGGUUGUGUCCAAGAGGUGGCGCAGUCAGUUUGCACUUGUCCCUAAUCUUGACAUUGAUGACUCUGUCUUUCUGUACCCGGAAGAGGGUAAGCGGGAAAGAGAAGAAAUUCUGCAGAGCUUCAUGGAUUUUGUGGAUAAUGUAUUGGCAUUGCAGGGUGAUUCUCCCAUUAAGAAGUUUUCCCUCAAGUGUAAAACUGGUGUUCAUCCACGUCGAGUUGAUGGUUGGAUAUGUAAUGUGCUGCAGCGUGGUGUUUUGGACAUGGAUCUUUUCAUCGAUUUCGACGAAGAAUAUUUUAUGCCUCGAAAACUGUUCUUCAGUGAGACGCUAGUAGAGCUGAAACUAAGAUGUUCAUUAGGUGUUAAUUGGUGGGUAGCGUGGGCUAGACUAGGCACUGUCUUACCAAUGCUCAAAACUCUCAUUUUUGACUCAGCUUGGAUUCGUUGUGAUACGAUUGAGAUGUUUCUUCAUACUUUCCCUGUGCUUGAGGAAUUAUCCAUGUCUUUUAAUGAGUGGGAUGAAACCGUGUCAAGUGCAAGCCUCAGGAAGCUAAGUAUCUGGACCACCGGUUGUGAAGACUUUUCAAAUCCAAAGAGCAUCUCUUUUGAUAUUCCAAGUCUGGUUUACUUUGCCUAUUGUGAUAUUGUUGCGGAGGAUUAUCCAAAAGUUAACUUGACAAACUUGGUUGAGGCUCGAAUCAGCCUUUUAUUAACUGAAGAUCAAAUCAAGCGAAGAAGAGCGCCAAAUAGCGAUGAGGAUGAUGUUCUUCUGCGUCUUAGAAAUGGGUGGAAGCUCAUGAGUGGCAUAAGAAAUGUUCAGAAACUUUACAUAUCUUUAGAUACUCUCGAGGUACUUUAUCUAUGCUGUAAAUCGAUUCCGGUGUUCAACAACCUCAAAUUGUUACAUGUUAAGACUGCCGCGAAUGAAGGAUGGCAGGGAAUGCCGGCUCUCUUAAGGAACUGCCCACAUUUAGAAACAUUGGUCUUUGAGGGUCUAAGACAUUUUGUGACAGAUAAAUGUGGGGAUGCUUGUGACUGCGUUUCUAGGGAAGACAAAGGCCGUUCGCUCGCAUCUUGUCCAGUGAAGAAGUUACAGAUCAAAGGGUUUCGAGGAACAAUUAGAGAGUUAGAGAUGAUAAAGCAUUUCUUGGAAUCUUUUAGGUGUUUGGAGAAGGUAGAGAUUUAUGCUGAAGAGAAGGGUCGCACAGACCUCGAAGUCCCUGGGGUGCGUGAACUUAUUGCGCAGAUGCUCAGACUCUACAACGAGUUUUAUAGUUGUGAUGUUCAGUUCUUGGUGCGUAGUUCCUUGGAUAAGAAGUGGACUGCACAAUGAUUGAAGUCUUCUCGGGAAAAAACUUAGCUCAUAGUUUGGUCAAAGUCUCCUUUGGAUUCUUGUUUAAAAGCUAAAUUAAAACGACACCAUUUCAUUUAGAUAUUUGAUAUAUCUUGGACAUCUUCUGCUUUUCUUUCGACACGUUUGUUUUCUUUUCUCUCUAUGGCUCUAUAUAUAGGCUUCUCUGCAACAUUA